AUUUGUAAGGACACUAAAAAAAAAAAAAAAUCAUAUGUAAGGACGACUAGCACAAAAGUAACAAAAUUCAUCCGAGUUCAUAACCAAAGUUUCUUCCCCUAAAAACUUUGCCACUGCUACAGCCUACAAAAUAUUCAAUGUCUUCCGCCGUCAUCGCUUGGGGUUCUGGAGAAGAUGGGCAAUUAGGAAUUGGUAAUAAUGAAGAUAAAGAAUGGGUUUGUCAAGUUAAAGCUCUUGAAAAUUACUCUGUUUCUUCUGUUGUUGCUGGAAGUCGCAAUUCUCUUGCUCUUUGUCAAGAUGGGAAGUUGUUUACAUGGGGAUGGAACCAAAGAGGGACCUUGGGGCAUCCACCUGAGACUAAGACUGAAAAUAUUCCAAGUCAGGUUAAAGCUCUAGCUAAUGUGAAAAUUGUACAGGCUGCCAUUGGUGGAUGGCAUUGCUUAGCUGUUGAUGAUCAAGGCUGCGCUUAUGCUUGGGGUGGUAACGAGUAUGGGCAGUGUGGCGAAGAUCCCGAGAAGGAUGACACGGGUAGACUUUUGAGAAGGGAUAUUGUGAUACCUCAGCGAUGUGCAACUCUGUUGACAGUGCGCCAGGUGGCUGCUGGCGGCACACAUUCAGUGGUUCUUACACGUGACGGACACGUAUGGACUUGGGGUCAGCCAUGGCCGCCUGGAGAUAUAAAGCAAAUUUUUGUCCCGGUUCGAGUACAAGGACUUGAAAAGGUGCGGUUAAUCGCAGCGGGUGCAUUUCAUAAUUUGGCUCUUGAAGAAGAUGGAACCUUGUGGGCAUGGGGUAAUAACGAGUACGGGCAACUUGGAACUGGAGAUACUCAACCAAGAUCACAACCUAUUCGUGUACAAGGGCUCUCUGGUCUUACAUUGGUUGAUAUCGCUGCUGGUGGUUGGCAUUCUACGGCUUUGACGAAUGAAGGAGAGGUGUAUGGUUGGGGCCGAGGAGAACAUGGACGGCUUGGAUUCGGAGAUGACAAGAGCAGUAAAAUGUUGCCCCAACAGGUGCAACUUUUAGCUGGAGAAGAUGUAAUUCAGGUGUCAUGUGGAGGAACUCAUUCGGUUGCACUGACACGAGAUGGACGCAUGUUUUCUUUUGGGCGAGGCGACCAUGGGCGUUUAGGAUUCGGAAGGAAGGUGACAACUGGUCAUCCAAUGGAGGUGCCUAUAAACCUCCCACCUCCAAAAAAUAUUAGCGAGGAGGAUAAUGCUGAAGGGCGUUGGCGGGCUAACCUCAUUGCUUGUGGUGGUCGGCAUACUCUAGCUAUUGUUGAAUGGCAACCUAAUGACCAUGAAUAAUAAAACCAAAAUGCUGUUAUAUCUACCAUAGUGCAAAUAUACCGUCUCAGUAUCGAUGGUGAUAUGGAUUUCGUGGUCAAUGCAGCCUAUGUUUCGGUCACAGUAAACUUAAAAAACUUUACGAUACGGUGAUGUGGUCUUAUUUUUGCACUAUGAAAUAUCUACUAAAUGAAAAACUAAUGAUGUAAACAUGGACCGUAUAUUUUCCAACUCAUGGAGAAUGCUAAUUUAUGUGCCAAAAGUUUUAUUUUUGCA